AUGAGUUCAUUGUCUCAUACUCAAAAUAUGAAUAGUGAAGAGUCACCUAAUAAUACUGAAGGUGAAAAGUUAGUAAAGUGUGCUACUUAUAUUAAUAAUGAAAAGGUUUAUGAAUGUUCAUCUGGAAUUUCAUCAGUUGAUAAAAUUAACAACUUCAAUAAUGAAAGGGUAGAUAUAUUUAUGAAUAAUAAUAAUUUAACUGAGCAUAUAAAGAGUGUAAUGGGUCACGUAAAUGAUUACUUUACCAAAAAAAUAAAUGAAGAAAAACAAAAUUAA